UGGCGACUGCAAUAUAUAAACAAAUGAUUACACAAUAUAUUAGAUAAUCAUUUGUUUUAAUGGUUUUGGCAGUGAUUUUGAAUUACAGUCUGUAUUGUCGUUAUAUUUGUCUUCAUUGCUGACCAUUGAUUGAACACUUGRAGACAUCACAUUAAUAUUGGAUGUGAUGGCUGUUCAAGACAUGGUUUGCGAUGACUUGCAGACAGAAGUGUCGGCACUUCGCGAUCAAAGCAAUGAUCUCAUUAAAGAGUUGUUAGUUUACAAACAAGUUGUCCACUCAUUGGAUCGGAUCCGUUGUUUUGCUGUCAUUCUCAAGAGUCAAUGCAAGUGCGCUCAGACCAAGACAUUGAUCCGCAAGAAUGAGUAUCUAUUUCGUGAAUACGACAGAACCAAACAGCUAUUGGUAGACAACACAUCCGAUGAGGCCAUCAUGCGAUCGAUUGCCGAUAAAUGUCAGUCCAAUGAAGACCAGAUAGAUGUCGAUGAAGACGGUCAGCCAUUUAAACAAACAAUUAGCUAUCGACAAUCAAUUGAUGUCCAGUCGGUGACCAAAAAUAAGAAGAAACAAACAAAACGUGUGAUACGAGCGAUGAAGAGUCAGCCGUUAACCGAUAAAAGUGACACUUCWUUUGAAAUAAACGCAAAGACAUUGCCGACCAACAGGUCAGAAGUUAUUGUCACCGGCAACGGCUUCCGAUGCGGUUAYGAUGACUGUCCAUUUGAAUGUCGGCGUCGCAACACAAUUGAYAAACACAUUAAAUCUUAUCAUUUGACUCCCGACGGACGUCCCUAUCAGUGUGAUGUUGAUGAUUGUCGCAACGCUUUUCGCACUAAAGAACAUUUACGACAACAUAAACUAUCGCUUCAUCCCGAAGUGGUUCCCGACGCCAAAUGGAUUGAAUGCGAAUUUCCUGGUUGUCAAUACCGGACCAAAUCUAGUAACGUAUUCUUUAAGCAUAAGCGCAGUCAUACACUACCAUUUGAAUGUCAUCUCUGCGACCGCCGAUUUCCGACACCGCAACCGUUGGAAUUGCACAUUAAGAUGCACUCCGGUGUCAAAGAGCACGUGUGUCCCUACUGUUCUAAAGCGUACGGUCCGCGUAAGAGUUUGUACGCACAUAUCCAAAGGUGUCACAGCGAYCACGUAUACGACUGUGACGUACCCGACUGUGGCAAACAGUUUCAGACCGAAACACAGCUCCGACUGCAUCGACAGCGUAUGCACGACCCGACAUACGAGCGUCCGGUGGCCUGUAUUUGGGUGGGUUGUGACCGUCGGUUUGAGACCAAUGCUCAGAUGGAGGAUCAUCUGAACAAACAUACCGGCGAACGGUUUCAUGUAUGCAAUCACUGUAACCACUCGUUCACAACCAAAAGCGAUCUCUACUCUCAUAUCUCSAAUCAACAUAAGGACCGGCCGUUUGCCUGCAAUUAUCCCGACUGUAAAUUUAAGGCCGCAUUCAUGAGCCGACUCCGUACUCAUCAAAAACGUCAUGAAAUACAAAAUAAACGGUCAGAAGAUUAA